CGGGAAGGCGAGCGCAUGCUUGAGCCCGUCGGCGAGGCCGAGCCCGACCUCGCGCGCGACGGCACUCAGCGCUACUGCGAUACCGCAUUGGUGAACCGCAAGACUGUGCACACUGCUUUUUUGACGGACCUGAUGGCGCGUGGUCUCCUCGACUUCACGCUGGGGCCGCUCGAGAGGGUCGGCAUCUUCUGCCCGUGGAAGAAUGGCCGUGAGCGCCAACGACUUAUUCUUGAUGCUCGGCGCUCCAACCGGCACUUCAGGCGGCCCCCCAGCGUGGGCCCGAUCACCGCGGAAGGCCUGAGCGGCAUCGAGCUUGAUCUGGACGCCCGCGAGAGGCCCGAGAGCGAGCUGGUGGGCGACCUGCGCGAGUGCUCGUCCAUCACGGUGGGCAUAGCUGACGUGAAGGACGCCGCCCACCCCUUUCGGAUGCCCACCUUCUUGCGGCUCUACUUCUGUUCCCCACCAGCUCGGAGCGGAGCCCUGGGGCUCGCUGGCGAGGCGGUGGAGGGGCAGCUGCUGACGGGCAACGAGCAGCCGUGGCCCUGCCCAGUGGCUCUCCCGACGGGCUUCUCGUGGAGCUUGUUCCGCUGCCAGGUGUCUGGAGAGGAAUUCGCACGCCGCUGGGCGUGGACACCUUGCCGCGGGAUCGCGGGCGGCCAUUGGUGCUGGGCUGCGAGCAAAAGGGCCCCCUUCCGGCACUAUCUUUACGUCGACAACAUGGGCGUGCUGGGAACAGACGGGACCAUGAUUGAGAGGACGCUCGAGGGCGUGACCGACGCCUUCACCCGGAGGGGGCUGCUGGUUCACGAGCAGGCCGGAGGCCUCGGGGCGCCGAUGACGCGCUGGACGCCGUCGGUGCUCUUCGACGCUGCGUCAGCGAGGGCCGCGGGCCUCGCGGAGCGGAAGAGGGAGCCGAGCGCGGCCCAGCAGAGCGGGACCCCCAUCGACACCCAACUCGUCACAGCGUCUGGUUGGGGCGCUGCACAGCAGAGCAUCUCCAGCAGCACUGGGGCGACGUCCGAGGGCGCCGAGCUGGCGGUCGCAUGCAGAAAGCGAGCGCCACGGCGGCGGCUUCGCAGGCAACCUGCGGUAAGCUACGUGUCGGAGGCCUGCGAGCUGCUGAACGCGGAGGGCAGCUUGCUCGAACGGCUGGCCGUGCAGGAGACGAUCCACGUGGGGCACCAGGCCGGGUCCAAGGGCCUGACCGACGCGGACGUCGACGAGUCGUUGGCGCGCCCGGCCGUGCAAGUCUUUUUCCUGGAAGGGCGGGCCUGUCGUGGGGCCAGGCCGACGGCCGCGCGGAGGCGCGCGGGGCCGCGGCUCGGGCAGCUCGGCGAUCGCCGUACCCCAUGGGCCGGCAAAGCUCCCGAGGGCUGGCGACGGGUAGCCCCCGCGUGGUCGCGUCGACCGAAGCUGGGUGGCCCUUGGGCUGGACUGGCCGACGAGAUGGUGAAGCGCGGAGAGGCGCACGUGGCGCCGUCCGCGUCGCUCUCAGCGAGUGCUUACCUGUGUCUGAGCAGCCUCCUGGCGCUGGGACCCGAGAGCUGCCUGGCGACGCGGGGAGCCCACAGCUUUGGGAGCCUGCUGUUGCUGCCAGCGGAGAGGGCAGUUGCCGGCGAGAUGGGCGAGCUCGGGCACCUGAAGAUGUUAGACAGCCCCUGGCCCCAAUUCAUCGGGCCUCUCCGGCGCAUCUCGGGCGGUCAAAUGCCUCGAAAGGUGGUCUGGGAAUUCAGCCACUGGGAGCUCCCCAGCAGAGUGAAGCAGCGAAGAAGGUGGAUAGUGGACACCAGCGUGGGGAGAUACACGACACAGGCGUGGCCCCGUCACAGCUGGCUGCG